AUGGAUGUGGUGUAUGGAGGGACCUCUUCGAUGUUGGGGGCAUUUUCGAGUUUUACUUCUUUGGGCCGUCCUUUCUUGCUGUGGUCGCCCUACUUGAUCUCACAACACAAAACAUGGGUUACUCAUGUUUUUGUAACCAAAGGAACGGGCUAUGCUGGUUUUCACGCUACACUACGCCUUCUUAAGGACUCUUAUCAUGUAACCACAGUGGAUAAUCGAUCUUGUGGAAACAUAGGCGAUGUUAAAGUUAUUCAAGGCAUGUUUCCUAAACCUGGGAGACUUCAGUUUAUUUAUGUUGUUCUAGGAGAUGCAAAAGUUGUUUAUGGGCGUCCAAUAAGACACGGAUUGGUUCGAUUAAUUUUUUAUAAGUCCUUUUUGGCGAUUAAGUUUUGGAGAGGGAUUAAAGAAAGAAGACAUGAUUAUUUUAGUUGGUUAAGAAUCAUGCAAAUCAUCGCAACUGCGGUCAUCUUGGGACUUCUAUGGUGGCGAUCAGAUGUUCAUAGCCCAAAAGAUAUGCAGAAUCAGGCAGGAUUGCUUUUUUUCAUUGCUGUGUUUUGGGCGUUUUUCCCAGUUUUUACAAUAAUUUUUACAUUUCCUCAAGAACGCGCAAUGCUGAAAAAGGAGAGAGCUGCUGAUAUGUACAAGCUCAGUGCGUAUUUCAUUGCUAGGACAACGAGUGAUAUCCCGCUAGAUCUUAUUCUUCCAUUGAUCUUCCUGUUGAUUGUUUAUUUCAUGGCGGGCCUCCUAUUAACCGCUCAAGCGUUUUUCCUAACUAUGCUUAUAGUCUUUUUGUGCAUUGUUGCUGCUCAAGGGCUUGGACUAGCUAUUGGUGCUGCAGUGAUGGAUUUGAACAAAGCAACAACUAUGGCUUAUGUAGUUGUAAUGGCUUUCAUGUUGGCUGGUGGUUUUUUCGUGAAGUUAACACAUAGUGAUGUUCCGGUUUUCAUAUCAUGGUUAAGUUAUUUGUCAUUCAAAAAUCACACAUACAGACUUAUUCUUAAAGUGCAAUAUUGGCAUAUAAGUUCUGUAGUUGAUGUGAUAGAAUUAGACAGCGGGUUGAAGGAAGCGGGUGCACUGGCAACCAUGGCUAUCACCUACCGUAUCUUGGCGUACAUGUCUUUGCGACAAGCGGCUUAA